UGACAGAGUCAGAACCACCACGGUCCCUUCUCCCACAACUCCCCGGCCGCCGCCAUGGACGACGAGGACCAGGCUGCCGUGUCGCGCUCGACAUGGCCGCCGCCGCCCUUCUUUUGGAAGGACUUCACCCCCGCCGCCAUCGAGCGCAUCGACCAGCUGCGACACGAACGAGCCGAGGCCGACAACAUCACCGACCCCAAAGCCAUCCAAAGCAUCCACCUCGAGGGCUUGCCCCGAGACCUUCGUAACCUCCAGCCACCUCCCGAGCCUGCCGAUGGGCGCUGGCGCGUGUUCGGCGCCAACUACCAGCUCGCCGACGAACUCCCAUCGCUGGACGGCACAGAGAUCCGCCGGCUUGUUCCCAACCAGGAGGAGCGCGACCAGGAUGGCAAGCACUUUGACCGGGCCCUCACUAUGAAACGCCUGGCCAAGAGUCUGCUGCUCAACUUUCUCGAGCUGACGGGCAUCUUGUCGAUUAACCCUGCAGAGGCCAACGACAAGAUUUUGGACAUCCGUGACCUGUUUUACAACUUUCACCACUUGAUCAACGAGUACCGCCCUCACCAAGCGCGCGAGUCUCUGAUAUCCAUGAUGCAAGCCACCCUCGACAGGACCCGGGCCGAGACAAAUGCGAUACGCGAUGCAAAGGAAAAGGUCGAACGUGUACUCGAGGGCCUGGGGAGUCUCAAGGUCGAGGACGAAACAUCCCAGCCGGACUCCUCGUCAGCCAUGAAUGGGCAAUCAAAGACAGAUGAAAAGGCUGCUUGGCUGGCAGACAGCGAUGAGAUGUGGAGAGGAGUGCUGGAGGAGACGUUAUGACCGUCACGUACUACCACGAACGGUGUAGACUGUGACAGCAACGGCAAUUUUAUGCACGAUUCCCAACUCGUUGACGAGGCCAGG